CAGUGGGGGCGGGGGGGGUUGGAGUUGCCAGAUUCACCUCAUUAUUGCAGUGGUUUUCAAAUUUUGAAGUGCGUGGACUCACUUUGGGGACUUACUAAAGCACAGACUAUUGAACCCCCCCCCCCCACUCCAGAUAUUCUGAUUCAGUAGGGCAGGAAUGAGGCCUAAGACUGCAUUUCUAGCAGGUUCCCAGGUGGUGGUGAUGCUACUGGUCUAAGGACCACACUUUUGAGAAUUACUGCCCUAGAACAACCUUUAAAAAAAGGGUAAGAUACUUGAACUGGUUGGUAUUAUAAUGGUAAUGCAAAAACCACCAUGUACUGGGUGUUUAGAGUGGGUCAGGAAUUGCUAAGCGCCGAAAACGCUAGGUUAGUGUGGAACACUACCAUCCUUUUGCAGAUAAGAAAACAAAGCCUCUGGAGAUUAAUUAAACGUCACAGUUAAUUUCCUAAAUGGCAGAUCUCCAUCCGGCCAACAAGCCAAAGCCCGAAUUCACUGCCUGAGACAGUUUUAAGAUUCCCGCCCCCACCCCCCUUUUUUUUGUUAAACCCCAUCGCUAGCCUGCCCUAUGACGACAAGGCUCUGGGUCCCGGGUGAAGGGAGGAACCCAAGCGCCAGGGCGUUCCUCGAAGGCGGUUUGAAGCUGGGCGGAAGGGGCGGGGCUUCUGCGGAAGAGGCGGGCUUAGUCCGGGAGGAAGUCCGGUGUUGAUGGCUGUGUUGUCGGCCUGUAGCUAGGGUCCCGGUCCAGCAUCACGGUUGGCCCUUUCACUGGGCUGGUUCCCGGCUCAGGCACGGCCCGGCCCAUUCCGAUUGAGACUGCUGCGGUGACUGCUCGCCGCCAUGCACGACGCCUUCGAGCAAGUGCCGAUCCUAGAAAAGCUGCCUCUGCAGAUCGACUGUUUGGCUGCCUGGGGAACUGCCAGACUGUUUUCCAGAGUGACCACACCAUUUUAUAUUACUGCCAACAAUGUGUGAGGGUUCCAGUUUCUUCACAUCUUUGUCAACACUUCUUUUGUCUGCUAGAUCAUCUUUUAAGAGGAAUGGCUGCUUGUUGGCACCAAACAAGGACAUCUUCUUCUCUAUAGGAUCCGGAAGGAUGCUGAAUACAGGGCACGUUUCUGAAUCUCCUGCAACUCCAGAGUCCCUUCAUCUCUUCUUCCGAGGAACAUGUGGAAGAAGUUGCAACAGGUUUGAAGUGACACUAGAGAAAUCCAAUAAAAACUUCUCCAAAAAGAUUCAGCAGAUCCAUGUGGUUUCCCAGUUUAAGAUUCUGGUCAGCUUGUUAGAAAAUAACAUUUACGUCCAUGACCUAUUGACAUUUCAACAAAUCACUACGGUUUCAAAGGCAAAGGGAGCCUCACUGUUCACAUGUGACCUCCAGCACACAGAGACUGGUGAGGAGGUGUUGCGGAUGUGCGUGGCCGUGAAAAAGAAGCUGCAGCUCUACUUCUGGAAGGACAGGGAAUUUCAUGAAUUGCAGGGGGACUUUAGUGUACCAGAUGUGCCCAAGUCCAUGGCAUGGUGCGAAAAUUCUAUCUGUGUGGGUUUCAAGAGAGACUACUACCUAAUAAGGGUGGAUGGAAAAGGGUCCAUCAAAGAGCUCUUUCCAACAGGAAAACAGCUGGAGCCGUUAGUUGCACCUCUGGCAGAUGGAAAAGUGGCUGUGGGUCAGGAUGAUCUCACCGUGGUGCUCAAUGAGGAGGGGAUCUGCACACAGAAAUGUGCCUUGAACUGGACAGACAUACCAGUGGCCAUGGAGCACCAGCCUCCCUACAUCAUUGCAGUUCUGCCUCGAUAUGUGGAGAUCCGAACAUUUGAACCAAGGCUUCUGGUCCAGAGCAUUGAACUGCAAAGGCCCCGCUUCAUUACCUCAGGAGGAUCAAACAUUAUCUAUGUGGCCAGCAAUCAUUUUGUUUGGAGACUCAUUCCUGUCCCCAUGGCAACCCAAAUCCAACAGCUUCUCCAGGACAAGCAGUUUGAAUUGGCUCUACAGCUCGCAGAAAUGAAAGAUGAUUCCGACAGCGAAAAGCAGCAACAGAUCCAUCACAUCAAGAACUUGUAUGCCUUCAACCUCUUCUGCCAGAAGCGUUUUGAUGAGUCCAUGCAGGUCUUUGCUAAGCUUGGCACAGAUCCUACCCAUGUGAUGGGCCUGUACCCAGACCUGCUGCCCACGGACUACAGGAAGCAGCUGCAGUACCCUAACCCGCUGCCUGUGCUCUCGGGGGCUGAACUGGAGAAGGCACACUUAGCUCUGAUUGACUACCUGACACAGAAACGAAGCCAGUUGGUAAAGAAGCUGAAUGACUCUGAUCACCAGUCUAGCACCUCCCCGCUUAUGGAAGGCACUCCCACCAUCAAAUCCAAGAAGAAGCUGUUGCAGAUCAUUGACACCACGCUGCUCAAGUGCUACCUCCAUACGAACGUGGCCCUGGUGGCCCCUCUGCUGCGCCUGGAGAACAACCACUGCCACAUCGAGGAGAGCGAGCAUGUACUGAAGAAGGCGCACAAGUACAGUGAGCUGAUCAUCCUGUAUGAGAAGAAGGGGCUCCACGAGAAAGCUCUGCAGGUGCUGGUGGACCAGUCCAAGAAAGCAAAUUCGCCUCUGAAAGGCCACGAGAGGACAGUGCAGUAUCUGCAGCAUUUGGGCGCAGAAAACCUGCAUUUGAUUUUUUCCUACUCGGUGUGGGUGCUGCGAGACUUCCCAGAGGAUGGCCUAAAGAUCUUUACCGAAGACCUCCCGGAGGUGGAAUCUCUGCCACGGGACCGAGUGCUCGGCUUCUUAGUGGAGAAUUUUAAGGGCCUGGCUAUUCCUUAUCUGGAACAUGUCAUCCACGUUUGGGAGGAAACGGGCUCUCGGUUCCACAACUGCCUGAUCCAGCUGUACUGUGAGAAGGUGCAAGGUCUGAUGAAGGAGUAUCUCCUGUCCUUCCCUGCAGGCAAAACUCCAGUCCCUGCUGGAGAGGAAGAGGGUGAGCUGGGAGAAUACCGACGGAAGCUCCUUAUGUUCUUGGAAAUUUCUGGCUACUAUGAUCCAGGCCGGCUUAUCUGUGACUUUCCUUUUGAUGGCCUCUUAGAAGAGCGCGCACUGCUGCUGGGCCGCAUGGGAAAGCACGAGCAAGCUCUCUUCAUCUACGUGCACAUCCUGAAGGACACAAAGAUGGCCGAGGAGUACUGCCACAAGCAUUACGACCAAAACAGAGAUGGCAACAAAGAUGUGUAUCUGUCCCUGCUCCGGAUGUAUCUGUCGCCCCCCAGUGUUCACUGCCUGGGACCAAUCAAGCUGGAACUGCUGGAGCCACAAGCCAACCUCCAGGCUGCCCUGCAGGUCCUCGAGCUGCACCACAGCAAGCUGGACACCACCAAGGCCCUCAACCUUCUCCCAGCAAACACUCAGAUUAACGAUAUACGCAUCUUUCUGGAAAAGGUCUUGGAAGAAAAUGCACAAAAAAAACGGUUCAAUCAAGUGCUCAAGAACCUUCUCCAUGCAGAAUUUCUGAGGGUCCAGGAAGAGCGGAUUUUACACCAGCAGGUGAAGUGCAUCAUCACGGAGGAGAAGGUCUGCAUGGUGUGUAAGAAGAAGAUUGGAAACAGUGCAUUUGCAAGAUACCCCAAUGGAGUGGUCGUGCACUACUUCUGUUCCAAAGAGGUAAACCCAGCUGACACCUGAGCCCAGCAUGCCGGGGACUCUUCAGAUGGACAGUUGGCUAUCCCAGAGGGGGAAAGAGCACCGGCCUUAGGAAUGGGGGGCUGCUUCUACCACCAGGUGUCUCCCCAUUUGGACGCUUCUGGCUACCUUGAGCCCUGGAACAUCUCUGAAUUUAUCAGACUUGUGGUCUGGUGUUACCAGCUUUUUGAUAGAAAAAAGAGAUUAGCUACACCUUAUAUACCAUUGUGUUACAGGCAGUUUUGGAGAAUUUACUACCCGCUUGGACGGGAGGAGGUGGGGAAGGGCAUUGUCCUGCCUUUGCACACCAACUAGCUGAACAAGGAAGGUGUCUCAAGUGUCCGUAACCCCAAGAUCAUUUAUGCAGAGUUUUCUAUUUAGACACGUGCAGGACUUGGCGCAGAGCCCCCCGCGCGGUGGCCUGGAGCCUGGGAGGAGAGCCAUCCUUGAGCGCCUCUCUCCACGCGGGCGGGCCCUUGCUUUCUAGGUGAUGACAGUCAUUUCUCCAUAGUCGCCACGCCCCCUGUCCCCUGGAUUCUGCCCACUCAUCGUGUUCUGUUUCAGUCUCCAUUUCGUCCUCACUAUAGAUUUUCUUCCUUUCUCUCUCCCUUCACUGCUCCCCGCCCCCGUCUCCCAUUUUCCCCACACCGGGAGUACCCGAUAUUUAAACAAGGUAAAAUGAGAAGCUAGAGGAAGUCUCAGUUUCCAGGAUACACUGAUAACUUAUUGUCAGGUAUGUUGGGCUGAGAGCUCUGUGCCUAGAAGCUUAGGAGAGCGUCAUCCCCCGUUCCCAGGGCCGAGUGUGACAAUAGUUCUGAGGACGGCCUGCGCUGGGUAGAUGAGCUCUUACGCAGACAUCGGCAGAGGCACCUCGCUCAUGAGUCACCCGGUUUGGUCCCUGUGAGCCGAGUGCUUUGUGCGUUGGCAUCUUUCUCUCUGUGCCGCUAUCGUCCGCUUACCUCACAGUCAGCCUGGCCGUCCUUCUGCAGCUUUGUUUUGCAGGGGCUGGAGGACUGCGCCGGCCUGUUGUAGGUAGGUGGUCUCUGCUACACACAGGACCGAUCGAUCGGAUCAGGAGCUGACAGGGACGGGAGUCAGGCAUGCUUGUGCGGUGCCCGGGGACAGCCGAGAGCGCUGCGGGAGGUGGCCGCAACAGCAGCACAUGGGUGUAUGAAGAAACUCACCGCCAGAUCCCAGGAGCACUUGUAGGGAGCAGGGAGACCCCCACUCCCACCCCCCAGGGCACUGGAGGCCCACAGGAGGAGUGUCUGGCACGGCAGGCUGAGGACCCAUGAGGAAAACGGUCCUGCAUCCUGUCCUCCCUGGGGUCUUGCAGACUCAGUGUUGAUGCUGUUGUGUUUCUAACAGUGGGAAGGGUGGGCAACGGUGCCCGGCCCUGACAGUGUUUUGGUAGUCUGGCCUUGACAGGCCGUGGUUCUUCUUAAACUGCAGCACUGCGCCACGUGGGGUCUGUGUUGUAGGCUGACUUGUGGGUGUUGUAGACUAGGCUCCUCCCAGGCACGCUGCCCACGGAGGAUCUGAAGUGCAGAGUGCGUGCCCUCAGCAUCACGCAUGCAGACAGGGACUCUGCUCAAGUUUGGAAGGCGGAGCAGCGCUUCGGAAGAGCCAUGUCCCUCCUGGCCAUACCAACCCACGGGAAGCAGGGCUGCCCUUGGACCUCUUUGCCCCAGCUCGAAGGAGCUUCCCCUGGAAGCAGCAGUAAAGUCAUCAGGCCAGCCCUCUGUGCAGCAGAAUCCCGCCCCGCCCUGCGAACCCUGACUUCCUGGCUUGCUGUGUCUGUAUCUUCCAUUCCCACAACCCAUGUGGCACAUCCUUUGGAAGCAAUAAAGAACGUGUGUUUUCUCCCUUCUGGAACACAUAAACGACCCAGUUUUCCCAAACUCCGUUCUUCCUUCCCUGGGCUCUCUUUGCCCCCUGUGGAAGUAUGGAGAAGGCUAGAGAUGAAAGCUCUGUAACGAUUCAUGAGGGUCUCUCACAAUAAACAUCAAGUAAGAAACCA